AUGGCGAGUGCGAUAGCUAGGGCGCGGAAGCCUGUAGGCUCGAAAGAAUGGAUUGCAGAAGAAAAGGAAAACUGCAUGCAAUUAGUGCAACAGGAGCUGGACGAGGUCGAGUUUCCCGUCCGUCAUGAGAUGGAAUGGCUCAACGAGCAUAUGGCGGAAAUAUUCACUCGCGAUCAAUUCAGCGUUACCGAACUCUUCAAGACUCCCGGGAAAAUGAGAGGAAAGACACCCCGGACAGCGCGAAAGAUCCUCAAGACGCCGCGGGAAGCGCGAGUACCCUUGAGUGAUAUAUUCUCGUCCGGACAUAAUGCAAGACAGAGUCCCGUGCCUACCAAUCGAUUCAACCAUGAGAUCGCAAAGCUCAUCACCAGCAAUGAAAAGCUGCGGUCACCUCUUUCAAACACCCAGAAUUCAAAUCCAAACUACAACACCGAUUCCGGCUAUCAUGGCAUGCCAGAGCCGCUCUCAACAGAUACCAACGAACAGGACCACCAAACAGAGGUAGAGACAGCUACUCAGGUUAUUGAUGAAGUAACCAUCCUACCCGUAGAUGGUGGUCGUCAGAGUUCACCCGAAACUCGUCGUAUUACAGAAGAUUCGUUUCACUCUGCAAGAGAAGUUGCUCCGAGCAAGGAAAACACUGCUGAGCCGAUGGAAUUUGAGUACCCCCGUUAUAUCCCAAAAAACACGGCUUUACCGAAGCAGCAACCCCUUGGCGCCGCUACACUCGUGGAGAAGGAGAGUGUCAAUGAAUCUCACCCCCACUUACUACCAGCCUCACAGCCGCCUCAAGUUAAGGAGGACCUUGAAGAUCCUAAUUUCGAUGAUAUAGGCUCACCAUCCGAUGGUCCAACCCCCAUUCGGGCGCCCAUUCGAAAGAGCAGCCUUACAUUUGCUUCCCUUCCAGCAAGAGAGCCGCUUACAACCAAACGUAGCAUGGGCGGACGAAUGUCUCGGACCAGCCAUAUUGACCCCCCCAAGAUGAAUAUGAGCAUUGUUGGCCAAUCUAGCUACUUCGGAAGACAAACAGGCGGCACCAGGCUGACACAAAUGCUCUUGGACAACGAGAAAAGCAAAUUUCUGGAAACACACGAUAAGGCGGGAACCGACGAAUCCGCUGACAAUGAGAAUGAUUCUGACGCAGAAAAUAAGGCGCCAAAGCGAGCCAAUAAAUCUUCAACACAACUGUUGCAUGAGAAGAUCAAUAUGCUCGGAAAGUCUCAAGCACCUCGCUCGACCAAAUCUACCGCCCCCUCUCUCGCUUCACAGCAGGUCACAUAUCCAGAGCUUCCUCCACCAACCGUCGCUCCCACAAAUGAAAAUACACAGAAUGCCUCCUCUAUUCUAGAACCAGCCCCCACAGUCACAGCAGCUGGACUGCAGGCCUCCCCUCAACGCACACAUCCAGGUCGGGAACAAUUCACCUUCCCAGCUGAUAAAUUCCAUCCAGAAGCCCAAAUAUAUAGAGACACCCCGAGUCCUGUCUCGAGAGCUCCAUUAGCUCACCCUGCUUCUCCUGAAAGACGCACACCUGGCCCGAAACCAUUCAGACCGGCAGGGUUUUUCCACAGUAAAUCUUCUUCCGUCCCUUCGUUCCCUAUCUCCCCGCGACCAGGUACAGCAGGCUCCACCCAGAAAGCGCCGUCUGUUGUGGAUACUGCUGGCGAGUCAACCACCCCAGCUGGUUCGCCUAAACGUUUUGAUGGCCCAAUAAGUGCAUCGAAAUCAAAGCUUCAAUCUUUAAUGAAAAGUGCCAGAGGCUUAUUUGGUAGCAGCGCAAGUGUCUCCGCUACCGCCAAGCUAGAGACUCUUUCACCUACAUCACAGCGUACUCAGGCUAGCGCCUGCUCUAACACAACCAGUGCACUUGGGCAAAACCAGCCUCAGGCACAAACCAAUCCUCCCUGCAGCCCAAUUAGGGCGCCACGGACUCGCGGUUCAAUAGAAAGGGAACACAAAAGAAAACAGCAAGAACUCAGUGAUCGCAAACAAAUGGAAGAGCAACUUGAAAGAGCUAGAGAGCAACUCCCCAGACCCCAGGUAUUAGAUAAGGUGGAGGUACCAGAACAUUCUUCAACAAUUAUCCCUCCACAAAGGAUAGACCCGGUACCCAAGGCACCGGUACGUCGUGAACCUGAACCUAGCUCAGAGGAAGAACAAAAGACAAGUGCAACUGCUGUAUCCCAGGCCCAGACGUCGCAAAAUGAAGGUCGCAGGACCGCAAAGGCUAUCAGGGAAGUGCGCAAACCGAAACCUCAGCCUGUUAACAUCCGUGUUGGAACUCUAUCUUCGCAGCGGAUACGGGCAGAGUCAGCAACCCCUGUGCCCCCUCCAGCCCGUGAACCAGCUCCUCGACAGACUUCCGUGUCCAAAAAAGCCAGCAGCGCUUCCCUUCUUACCACGGCAUCAUCUUCUGGUAGCUUAAAGAGCUCUGCCUCUUCUGCCUCAUCGAAAUCCAGGACUGUUCUAGCUACUGAAAGAAAGAAGGAGCAGGAACAGCGAGACGCCCAACGGAAAUUGGAUCAGCGGCGCGAAGCUGACCGCAAGAGGCUUGCGCAACAAGAGGAGGCUAACCGACAGGAACAACUAGAAAAAUCCCGCCGUGAGCGUCAGGAACGGGAACACUCUGCUACAGACGACCCAAAGACACUCGCGAAAAAACAAGCGAUUGAGAAGAGGCGGCUUGAGAACGCAAAAAGAUUGGAGCAGCAGCGUGGCCGUCAACAAACCCCAUCAAAUGAUACUAGCUCCGUUAUACAUAGUGAACGUUCUAUUCUCAGUGAGUCCCAGGGGCCAGCAAGGCCAGGCUCAAGACUAGGGAGUGUUCAACCUCCAAAUCGAUCACAUAAUUACCCACCAUCAAACCCAGCAAAACCGCCCAAACGCUUACACGAUGAACAAAACACGGUUCGACCCCCUGCCACAAAGUCCGGCAGUGUUCAUCAACCCGAUGGGAAGCGGAGAAAGACUGAGGAAGAAAUUGUUGCUACUGAACCGGCAGCCGUUCGACCAGCUAUGGCUCCUCCGAUACGCCAGUCCAAUGCUUCUAAGCUUAACAACUUCCCCAGCGUCUCCAAGUACCCACCCGUUGCUCCUCUAGCGAACUCAAUGCAAGGCUGUCCACCAAUAUUCAAGAACUCCAUGGGAGCCCAGAGACAGUUCCAAGCCCACCCCCAACCCGCCCAGAACAACCGACCAGCACACCCUCUGGAGAUGGCAAAGUAUGCUAAUGGGAAGAUCCCUUUUGCCGAACCUACUAAUAUAUCCCAAUCCAACACCGGUUAUCUCAAAACGCCAGGUCACGUCAACAAACAGGCCAUACCUAAAUCCUCUCCCGCCUAUCCCAAUGGCGAAAACAUCAAACUUCCCGAUAUUCCUACAGAUAGUGAAGACGAGGACUCCGAUGCAGAGCCAUGCCAUGUCCCAGACUGGGCUAAGGAAGAAAACCUCCAUAAUAUUCUUGUUCAGCAAGAGAGCCAAGACGGAGAGAUGGUCUUUGGUCCAUCCGCUCCAUUGCGUAUGGAGGAGAUAUUCAAAGGCAAUAAGGAGAGGUUACGAAAGUUCCGUGAUCGUACUAGCAGUGCAAACUGGAAUGGUCCUGACGGAUUGACACAAGAUGAGAUCAAGUGGGAUAUGGCAGAAAGAGAGAAGCUAAAGAACAACGGCGGUUGGGUUUUUAGCCCUCACUAA